UCUGAGAUGGAGACAUCAAGAGUCGCUCUCAUCGCUCUCGUGUGUGUUGUGUUCUCCAGUCAGAAGAGGAUCUCUGGAGCAGAAGUGGAGAUGAGAGUCAGACCAGGAGACGACGUCACUCUCUACUGUGACUGUGUUUGGAAAGUUGGAUUUUAUCCGGUGUGGUUUAGAAACUGCUCAGACGAGAAUCAUCCUACUGUUAAGAUCUCAAUGACUGAUCUGAGGGAUGGUGAUGUAUUAGGUGGUGAUUUUAAACGUUAUUCGUUGGUGUUGAACGUUUCCACCAACACACAAAAUCUGCUGAUUAAAAACAUCACAGAAUCAGAUCAGGGCCUGUACUACUGCGCUCUGAGUGAGAAGAAGGUUACGGACUAUAAAAAUGGUACAAUACGCUUCGUUUACGUUUAUCACUAUGGAAACAAAUCAACUCGACUCUCUGUACUCGAACCCUGUCACAGUGUAUCAGAGGAGAGUGUAAGCUGUGUAAGCUGGAGUCUAGUGUUCAGUGUGUGUGUUGUGUGUGUUCUCCUCUCCUCACUCCUCUCCUCCAUCUGUGUGUACUGCGUCUGCACAAACACCACUAAAGCGAGAGUCAAAGCUGAUCUGACAGGAAGUGACAAAAGGACGACUCUGAGACGUGAAGAAGUCGGAGAUGAUGAGGUUUGUUACGCCUCACUGGACACCCAGAAGCUCGAGAGGAAGAAGAUGAAGAGGAAGAAGAGAAUUCAGCACUCUGAUUUCAGCACAUACUCAGAGGUCAGAACUGAGAGAACUGAGAGAUUCUAAGGAGGCGUUAAUGAGUUCUGAACUUCCUGUUACAUCACAGUGUUUUAUUCUGAUCAACUGUUUUUACUUCCUUUAUGACUUUAAUCCUAAUGAGAGAAAUUAAUUUGAGAUUCUUGCUGCUUGUGCUUUAUGGUUUUA